AUGAGAAAGACGGAGGUAUCGGGAAAACUGGUGGAAGGAACGGACCCACAUUUCAAAUGGAGUCACAGUUAUUCGUCGGUGUUCUACUCGAAAGUUCCUUACGAUCCCACCGGGCCGAUGGCGUGGUUCCAGAACUACGACGUCGAAGUCAGGGACCGAGUCAAGGCUGUGUCUGCUAAAGAAGGGGUGCCAGUGAGCGUGCAAUGGUCGACGUCGGGGUAUUUUUACCCUAUCCAGAUAGCCCAGUUCGCACUCAGCCAUUAUUCGAAGCAUUUCACGGAAAUCGGAGCUGAGAAACCACGAGAAACCGUUUAUUUUGACGGAGAAGAUAAACAAGGUUCUUGGAAAAUCCCGGAUUCUGCUCACGUCGAACGGUUGUACGACGCAGUCUCCAGCAAUCAUUACGUCGAGUUUAACGUGAAAGCGAAGGAGAACGCGGAUUUGUCGCUGGAGCCGUCGUCGGACUUGAUACUCAAGUUGGACUUGUAUUCUGCGAGCAAUACGAGCAUUUUUGUCAAGUUGGAGGACCGGGGAAAACCGUAUUAUCUCGUGUACACGACGGCGUUGGAGGAUGUCAUCCGAGUGGAGGACAACCGUGUGAUCUACGGAAUGGGCAGAGAAAGCGAAGGAAAAUGGAUCAGAUUCGUUCGUGAUCUCGGCAAGGAUCUCCAAAAGGGUUACGCUCCACCUAAUCUCAAUCCUUCAUCCGGGGCUCGUAACAAAUCCAACGCGUCACACCGCAAGAAAAUCAAGUUCAAGCGCACUGCCCUCAAACCCAUCAUGCUCAGCAUCCGUGGCCAGGGAAAAUUGGACAAUGUCACCCUCGUGUCUUCGGGUCACAUGGAGACCUUUUUCACCGCCGCCGACUGGUUCGUCAAAGUGCAAGACCGGAAGGGCGGCUGGAGCGUACCCGUGCAGCGACGCAUGGCCAACGGGGCUCUGAAACUCGAACCCGGCUGGUAUUCUGCUAUGGCGCAAGGUCAGGCCUUGUCGGUCCUGGCAAGGGCGUAUCACAGUUCCGGAGAGCAAAAAUACGCGGAUGCAGCGGGAUCGGGUUUGGAUUUGUUUGGGGUACCGAGUGGCAGUGGUGGAGUGAGGGCUGAGUUCCUGGGGAAGUUUGCCUGGUUUGAAGAGUACCCGACAACACCGAGCAGCUUUGUUCUCAAUGGAUUCAUGUACGCGUUGAUGGGAUUGUAUGAUGCCGCGGAGAUCCUUCCUGAACCCGCUGCUUCCAGAGCCAGUCGACUCUACAAAGAAGGAAUGGAUUCCUUGAAAGCGAUGUUGCCGCUUUUCGACACGGGAUCAGGAUCCGUUUAUGACCUGAGGCACAUGACUUUGGCAGAGUCUGGCGUGCCGCCGAAUUUGGCCAGGUGGGAUUACCAUGCCACUCACAUCAACCAAUUGCUUCUUCUGGGAUCUGUUGACCCUGACCCAGGAGUUUUAAAUUCGGUGGCCAAACGGUGGAUCGGAUAUAUGUCUGGAAAACGGGCCCCUCACAACUGA